GUUUGUCUCUUUGAAAGUAGUAUUCAAAUUCAAAGCUUGUGGGUGGAGUUGGGGUGUGAAGGUGCAUAAAUAGGCAGUAGGAACAGCGGCAUUCACACUGAAACCAGGAACACCUUUGCAUCCUGGCAGGCGUCUGGCAGAGCAAACCAGGAGCAGCCAUGGAGAGGAGUUACGUGUCCAUGUUCCUGCUGCUCAUUGUCAUCUCCUGUGCUCUGGCAAAGGAUGCGGGCAAGAAGGAUUCCAAGGACACCACCGCUAAGCCAAAACUGCCUCAGACACUCUCCAGAGGCUGGGGAGACCAGCUCAUCUGGACGCAGACCUACGAGGAGGCGCUUUUCCGCUCCAAGCACAGCCAGAAACCCCUGAUGAUUAUCCACCACUUGGAAGACUGCCCACAUAGCCAAGCCCUCAAGAAGGUCUUUGCUGAACACAAAGAUAUACAGAAACUGGCUGAAAAAUUCAUUCUCCUGAACCUUGUGUACGAAACCACAGACAAGAACCUUGCACCUGAUGGCCAGUACGUCCCUCGGGUUUUGUUCAUAGAUCCUUCCCUGACUGUGAGAGCAGAUAUUACUGGAAGAUACUCCAACCGUCUCUACGCAUAUGAGCCCUCUGACAUUUCGUUGUUGUAUUCAAAUAUGCAGAAAGCGCUGAAGCUCCUGAAGACUGAACUGUAAGGGGAAGAAGAAAGCCCUUAAAUAUUAUGAAGUCUUAUCUUCCAUCUCUUCUCCACACCUUGAUACUGGUGAAGAGACUAUUUAGAGUGAUAUUUAGUGAUGUGUAGUGAUGGUUUCUAUAUAUAAACACUACAGUUUUACAUUAGCACUUUUGUACUGGGAAGUGUUUUUAAAAGCUGGAGGCUUUUAUUUUAAGGCAUACAGAAGAAUACUGUAUGAUUCAACUGUAAAAAUGAUUUUUUAAAAAAUAAAUUCAUUUCAAGUGUUUACAUACAAAA